CAAGGCCUAUGUGUAAGAAAUAUUUGUGGCCUUGAUUCUCCGACACAUGGCUCUGGUUUCGUGCUGCUCUCCACACUCUCUACUCUCUUCGAUUCCUUAUUCCUCUGCAAUUCUCUCUUCAACCAAGCCCUCAAGAAUUCAAAUUACAGCGACCUCCCCGCCUUCAUCAUUUCCCAUGGAUCACCAUGACAAGAAGCGGAGAAAUCUGACGGACUUUCCGUACGUGUCGGCCGCGCACAGGAAUCUAAUGAUUAAUCUCAUAUCAACGGUGGAGAAUCGCCUUGGUUCCCACCUCCUUCCUUGUUCUCUCCCUCCAGAUGUACAGUACUUCGAGAACCAGACUCGGACUGCUCAAGCCUCUCUCCAGAUCCGACCCGGCCGUAAAUCUUCACUGAUUGACCUCAUUAUGGGAAGUUGGAUACACUGUGAGCUACCAAGUGGAGCAUUGAACAUAACAAGCUUUUCAGCCUAUCUAACGGCUUUAACAGAUGCACCAAAUUUCUUAUUCGAGCUCAUUGUGAGUAGCCCGACAUCACUAGUUCUCAUUCUUGAUUUGUCUCCUCGAAAGGACCUUGUUCUUCAUCCAGACUACCUUCAGACUUUCUAUGAAGACACCCGCCUGGAUGCACAAAGACAAACACUGGAAAAACUCCCAGAGGUGCAACAAUACAUCUCAUCUUCUCUUUUCAUCCGCUGUGCAUGCUCCCCCACAGCCAUAAUGAUUAAAGUUGACGCCGGUGAACAUGGGUCAAACCGAAUGGAGGAAAUCAUAGAGGAUAAUAUUGCUGUCGCUGCAGAAGAAGUGCUAGGAAUCUGGCUGAAUCAAUGUGCUUGUGUAGAAAGAGAUAUAGGAGAAUCAGAAGGAGGUGAAUUGGAAACCAGAGAUAGGAUGUUUAGAAACAAGACCAUCGAGGUCGAUCUAGGCUCGAGCUUUCCACGGUUGUUUGGACCUGAUAUUGCAAACAGAGUUUUGGAAGCGAUGAGGAAUGCUUUUAGAGUGUAAUGUGGUAAAAAUUAAAAAUAUUUUACUGUAAUUUUAUAUUAAUUCAAUUUUUAUCAUUUUAUAUAAAUUUUUUUAAAUAU